AUGAAGAAGGCAGAGCCAGCUAUUGCUCCCGGAGACAGAACUCCUCAAUCCUCCCCACGACCUGCACGGAGAUUGCCGCUGCUCUCAGGGGUGACGGAUGAUAGCGGGCAGACCUGGAGACAGGAGCGGUCCCAGCGGCUGCCGAAGCAGGGCAGCAUGGAAACACUGCCUUCUGUUCACAAUGUCGGCACUGUAGCUUCUGCCCUCUGGGCUUGUGUUGGAGGUGGAAGCCCUCUCAAGGUAUCUGUCAGCCCCAGCUACGGUGCACAUAUGGCAAAGCUGCUGGAAGGUUUCUACCACCCGCUUCUUCAGGUCUCUGACCAGCCAGCUUCUGGGAUCAGUGCUGGGGGCUGGAAACGGAGGCAGACAGGGAUUAUUUUCUGGUCUGAAUCACGGAAGCUGGCCAAGCGCUUGCACGGGGUGAGAGAUUCCUGGUCAUGCAGCCUUUGGGGAGAGAGGGUGAGUCCAAGCAGACGGGUGCUGAGGAGAACCCAGAGCACCGAGAGGGCAGACAUCUCCAGCUCUGGCAGACAGCCCUUCAGGACCUGCAUAAACCUGGGCAGGAACGGUAGCAGCGUCCCUGAAAACAAGAGCAUCUCUGUAGCAGCUGCGGCUUUGCAGCCCUUCGGACACUUCCUCACGCGUUUCUUUUGCCCCGCUUUCACAAUCGUCCUCUCCAGGCUGUGGGGCCCGCGGUUGUCGGAGCUGCUGGCGGCGGGCCGGCGCCUCUGGGAGGAGGUGGAGACCGGCGCCGAGCCGUCCUCGGGGGCCCCGGCCGUGCAGGAUAAGGUGCGGCAGGGCCUGGAGGCGCUGCAGCGGGCGGCCGCCAUGGUGGCGCAGCUGGACCUGUUCAGCGAGAACGAGGAGCUGGAGGAGAUCGCCUCGGCCGACCUGAAGUACCUGCUGCUCCCCGCCUUGCUGGGGGCCCUGACGCUGAAGCAGGUCGACCUGAGCAGGAGGCUGGAGCACCUGGAGAGCGCUCGGGCCCACUUCUGGCGCUUCCUCAAGCUCUGCAGGAGCUACGGGCUGGGCAGCUUCCACCUACCCCCGGCUGCUGCCAGCACCCCGGGAGAGGAAGCUGCCGGGAGCCCGGGCCCGGGGGGCCCCGCCGCUGCCCAGCCCAGUCUGGUGGCCAUGGCGUCGAGCAGGCAAGCCAAAAUUGAAAGGUAUAAGCAGAAGAAGGAACUGGAGAACAGGUUGGCCUCUAUGAGAACCUUCGUGGAGGGCGGGCAAGCAGAUGAGGAUCAGAUACGGGAAUUUUACAUACUACAAAUCCAGAAAUGGAUCAACACCAGCCUGGAGGAAAUUGAGAGUAUUGACCAAGAAAUGGUCAUCCUGAGGAGCAGAGGUACCGCAAAACAGUCUUCAGCACCACCACACGGUACUUCUCGGCAAGCCAGGGCUCCACUGAAACCUUUCAUUCUUACCCGGGAUGCUGCUCAGGCUAAAGUGUUUGGGGCCGGGUAUCCCGGGCUCCCCACGAUGACCGUGGACGACUGGUACGAGCAGCGCCGCAGGCAGGGGGUCGUGGCUGGGCAGAGCGUGCCGCAGAGAGCAGCAGCAGCUAUAACUGAUGAAGAGUUGCAGAAGCAGCAGCAGGAGAAAAAAGAGGAAGAGGAUGAUGAGGAAGCUCUUCAGAAAGCUCGGAACUGGGACGACUGGAAGGAUACGCACCCGAGAGGCUACGGCAACCGGCAGAACGUGGGCUGAUGCUCUCGCUGUGGAGGGAGCAGGGCCUGGAAAUGCUGUAAGAAUCGCCCGUGUCCUGGAGAUAGAGGAGUAAAUACACUGUACAUAGGCGGAGGUACCCAGGGCUUCGCUGGGAGGCACCAGGGUCGGGAGUAAACCUGACAGUUUGCUUUGGUUUACAUUAAAUGUCAGACUGGAGCACACUGGGCAUGUACAGAGAUACCCCAGAGCUCCUCGCAGGUGGGCCUUUUGCUGAGGGGUCAGGCUGCCUCUGUUCUCCCAGAGGAAAUCCUUGAGAGGAAAGUCCCUGAAUUUGGAAACCGCUCUUUGUAUUGUGGGUGGAUGUAUUUUUUUUUUUUCCUCUCUAUUUUAAGCAAAAUAAAAUCUCUUGUGCUGCCUAGUUCUUGCUGUGAAAAUCCCUUGCU